AUGGAAAUGGACCACUCGCACACCUCCCCCUCGUCACCCAUGACAAUGGCCAUGGUCUUCACAACCACCCACAACACCCCCCUUUUCUCCACCCAAUGGACCCCCUCAUCCACCGCCUCCUACGCCGGCACCUGCAUCUUCCUGGUCAUCCUAUCCAUCCUCUCCCGCUGCCUCGUCGCAUCCAAAACGCACCUCGAGCAGCGCUGGCGAAACACCCACCUGAAGCGCCGCUAUGUCGUUGUGGCCGGGAAGCCCUCCGAAGCAGCCCGUGUCGAAUCCCAUCCGGACGCAAAGACCGCGAUGCUUGUUACGUCGCAGGGCAUCGAGGAGUCGGUACGAGUUGUUCAUCGCGAUACGUACGAGACGCCGCCGUGGCGGUUUAGCGUUGACUUGCCGAGGGCUGUGGUUUAUGUUGUCAUUGUUGGGGUGUCGUAUCUUUUGAUGCUGGCUGUGAUGACGAUGAACGUGGGCUACUUCGCCUCUGUCCUUGGAGGGUCGUUUCUGGGCGAGUUGCUUGUUGGGCGGUUUGUGCACUGGGACGAGGCGCAUGGGCAUUGA